AAAUAUGGAUAACGAAAAGCUGGGGUUACUCUUUGCACUAAUAACUUUGUUAUCAUGGGUUUCAUGGGCAGUAAUAAUGAUAAAACGACGUCGUCAUCGUCAGCUUGAAAAGCUAGGUCGGCUUCCGCCGGGCCCAAGGUGGUGGCCAAUAGUAGGAAACAUUUUCCAACUGGGCUGGGCUCCCCACGUGUCCUUUACCAAGCUGGCCCAAAUCCACGGGCCCAUCAUGAUCAUAUGGCUAGGCUCCAUGAGCACCAUCGUAAUCUCAUCCCAAGAAACAGCCCGUGAGAUGUUCAAAAACCACGACGUUGUCUUAGCGGGCCGAAAGAUCUACGAGUCCAUGAAAGGAAAACACAGCAACGAGGGCUCUCUCAUCACGGCCCAAUACGGCCCACACUGGCGAAUGCUGAGACGGCUUUCGAUGACAGAAUUUUUCGUAACGAGCCGACUCGACGCAUCUAGAGCCGUUCGCGAGAAUUGCAUAGAGCGCAUGGUGAAAUUUAUAGAGGAAGCCGGGGCGUGUGGGAGUGAUCCAGUCGAUGUGGGACGGUUUUUUUUCUUGAUGGCGUUUAAUUUGAUUGGAAAUCUAAUGUUUUCGAAGGAUUUAUUGGACCCGAAAUCGAAGAGUGGGGCUGAGUUUUUUUACCAUACAGGUAAAGUUAUGGAGUUUGCUGGUAAACCUAAUGUUGCUGAUUUUAUUCCAAUUUUUAGGCGUGUGGAUCCUCAAGGGAUCAGGAGAAAUACACAGUUUCAUGUGGAGAAAGCUUUUGAGAUUGCGGGAGGGUUUAUCGGAGAAAGGAUGGAGAGUGAUGAUGAGAAGAGAAGGGACUUCUUAGAUGUGCUUUUGGAGUUUCGAGGGAAUGGGAUGGAGGAGCCCUCAAAGUUUUGUUCCAGGACCAUUAACGUCAUCGUCUUUGAGAUGUUCACUGCAGGGACAGACACAACAACAAGCACAUUAGAAUGGGCAAUGGCUGAGCUUCUUCAUAACCCUAAAACACUUAAAAAAGUUCAGUCCGAGCUGAGAAGAACAAUCUCAAAUGGGAAGAAGCUUGACGAGAGAGACGUAGAGAAUCUCCCAUACCUAAAAGCAGUCAUCAAAGAAACGCUAAGGCUCCACCCUCCACUUCCAUUCUUAGUCCCACACAUGGCCAUGGACACUUGCCAAAUGCUCGGCUAUUACAUCCCCAAACACACUCAGAUUCUCGUCAAUGUUUGGGCAAUAGGGAGAGACCCCAAGACUUGGGAAGACCCUUUAAAGUUCAAGCCUGAGAGAUUCUUAGAGCCAAAUAUGGUAAAGGACUAUAAGGGUCACCAUUUUGAUUUCAUACCUUUCGGUUCCGGUCGUCGGAUGUGUCCGGCGGUUCCUCUUGCCUCUAGGGUACUCCCUUUGGCUUUAGGCUCACUUUUGUUGUCGUUUGAUUGGGUUUUGGCUGAUGGGAUUAAACCAGGCGAAAUGGAUAUGAGUGAGAGAAUGGGCAUAACGCUUAGGAAAGCUGUUCCUCUCAAGGUAAUUCCAAUCCCUUAUAAAGGACAACAUUGCCAAGAUUUGUAAAUUAAGCACAUUUAAUCACUUUGUAAACAAGAAAGGGCAAUGUAUAUUUACAAAUAAUGUGUAAUAAAAGUACUACACACGUUAAUGUUUUUUUUUUGGGAAGGAAGAAACUAGACAACCACACAUAUCUAAUUAUAACAUCAAUGGAAUAUUAGUCUGAAAUAAGAAAA